GGCGGCGGGCGAGGGUCGGGUCGUAGGGUGGGAUUGCGGCGGGAGCGGCGGCGGCGCGUGCAGUGCGCGCGGGGAGGCGGGCCCGGCGGCGUUAAAACCACCCCCCCUCCUCGCCCGGGCCAUGUCCCGGGCGGCCUGAGCGGGGCCGGCCCCAUGCGGCGCCGGUAGCGCCCGUCAGCGAGCGUAGCCGAGCGCAGCGCUAUGGCCGACGCGGCGCCCGCUGAACCGGGGCCGGAGCCCCAGUGCGAACCGGAGCUUCGCUCCGAGCCCGAGGCGCGGCCGGAGCCGCAGUCUGAGCCCGAGCCGCAGCCCGAGCGCGGAGAGGCGCCGGCGGAGGACAGCGAUGCCGGGCGGCUGCCGCCCCCCGGGGCGGAGGCGGCGGCGGCGGGCGGCGCCGAGGGGCGGCCGCCGGCGGGUGGAGCGGGGCGUCCCGGCCUGGGCCCGCGGUACCGGGCCGUGGGACGCACCGAGGAGUGGCCGGUGAAGAAGAAGCACCGUCGGCGGCCGUCGAAGAAGAAGCGGCGCUGGAAGCCGUACUCGAAGCUGAGCUGGGAGGAGAAGCAGCAGUUCGACGAGCGGCAGAGCCUCCGCGCCUCCCGGCUGCGGGCGGAGAUGUUCGCCAAGGGGCAGCCGGUGGCUCCCUACAACACCACGCAGUUCCUCAUGGAGGACCAUGACCAGGAGGAGCCCGACCUGAAAACCGGGCUGUACCCGCGGCGAGCGGCAGCCAAGUCGGACGACACGAGCGAGGAGGAUUUCCUGGACGACGGGGCGGACGAGGACGGAGGCAGCGACGGGAUGGGGGGCGACGGCAGCGAGUUUCUGCAGAGGGACUUCUCGGAGACGUACGAGCGGUACCAUGUGGAGAGCCUGCAGAACAUGAGCAAGCAGGAGCUGGUGAAGGAGUACCUGGAGCUGGAGAAGUGCCUCUCGCGCAUGGAGGAGGAGAACAACCGGCUGAGGAUGGAGAGCAAAAAAGCCGGGGGGGAGGAGGCGGACACGGCGCGGGUGCAGGCGCUGGAGCGGGAGGUGGACAGGCUGCGAGCCGAGAACCUGCGGCUGCUGAGGGAGCAGGAGCUGCCCCGGCAGGAAAAGGGCCCCUGCAAGCCGGGGGAGUGACACUGGGCAGGGGGGCGCGGGGGGGUUUUUACAGUGCUGGGUGGAACAUUCGGUCCUUGUACAGAGUCGCCGCGGACCCUUUUUAUGGGUUAAACUGC